UUGCGUUUAAUGUCAGUUCAAAAUGAUGCGUUUACUCGUCUGUUUAAUUUGGUAUUUUCACAAAAAUUUCAGUUACUUUCCUUCCAAGACAUGAUAUUAGCCAAUCGAUUCUGCUACUGUAUGUCCCUGCGGGCGGGCUGCUUCAUUCUGUCCAUCAUCUCACUUUUCGUGUGCAGCAUGCACAUUUACAAUUUCAAUGUCAAAAUGGGAGACAAUCAAACGAACAGUGACUCGGUGGUCUUUCCAGAGGGCGCCACCCAGAUACUGUUCAGACUUAUGCCAGAAUUUCUAACAAUUAUUGCCGUCUUUUUCCUGUUGACUGCCCUCACGACGAACCUCAUACAUCUGAUUUUGAUCACACUCACGUUCGAGGUCACCCAGUUGCUGUAUCAGUUUCUAUAUAGCAUUAUAGCCACGGCGCUCAACAUUAAUGUGACCGUCAGGAUGGGUGUCUAUUCGAGUACGGCCUAUUGGGGCUUUAUUAGCUGCUGGAUCGGUGAGAUAUUGAUUAACGAUCGGUCUGAUACUCCACUAAUGUGUGUUGUUGUAGUAUUUUCCGCAUAUUUUGUGUAUAUUAUUUUAUCGUACUACCAGAAAACGUUGGCCAUGAUGCAGCACGAAGUGUCAUACUGAAGGCAGUGUGCAUUUAGCUGUAA